AUGUCUUUACAAAUCUUCAACCAAGCACCAGGUGCUACUGUCUUUAAUAGCGAUGUCAUUCUCCACGGGGGCUCAUCCGAGAAAUAUGGGUUGAUCCAAGUUCGUCACCACCAAGGAAAUUUCCCCCCACAAACAUUCGAAGUCAACAGUAAUCACUUCAAAUUGCUUGUCCAUUUGGUCGAAGGUGAAAAUGAGCUCAUAUUCACCCAAUACUCUGGAAAAUUUGUCAAUGGUGUCCCUCAUUAUGAUCAAGCUUCUAGGUACAAACCAAUUCAAUUGAUAUACCACUUAUAUUAUAGAAGAAUGGUGGAAAAUCCUUCCAUAAAUCUUUGUCUUCUUUUGGCCAAGGAUUCUCCAGGAGUCUUCGAUUCUCCAAAAAAUAAAAUCAACACUGAGGGUAAUAAUGUCAACACUGCCGUCAGAAAACUCAGGUUUGGUGCACGUCUCAUGGAGGCCUUCAUGACGGAACAAAUGCGUCGUAAUGGUUUCGGAAAUCGUUGUUUUAGAUUCACUGAAGAAUUCAGCUAUGACUCGUUAUCAUCACAGGAACGUGGUAGUGUGCAACGUGAGACUGUGAAAGUGCACAUUAUUCGAAUGGAUCAAACCGUUGCAGAAAUCCAAGAUCCAAAUGUCGCUCAACAGAACUCCGAUGCUGACAACCCUAUGGGUCUUUUUGAGUGGGCCGCCGAUGCAAUUCGGCAAUACAUCGCUGAUAACCCCCAUCUUGAAUCAUUUAAAGGAGAGACCCCUAAGGCGUCUUGCAUGUUCAUGGACGCUCAUUGGGAUCCUAACCAGGAUCUUAUUUUGGGGCACGCCGCUCUUGCUGGUAAUUAUGGAAAAUUGCGUUUAACGACUUUUGGAUCCCAAGGUCUUUGGUCAUGGCCAAGCUGCUAUGAGGAAUUGUAUUCUGCCUUAAGUGAUUGUACCAGGACUGAUACUCUGGUAUGUGCCAAUGACUGCAAUAAAGGUGAGAGUGCUUGGGAAGCCGCUACUAUAUCUCUUGGGGGGUUCUUGGACGUAAUUGGCAAGCAUUUGUACUGGCCAGAUCCAUCAGAUGGGAUCUUUUUACCUACUUAUCUGACUCUCAACCGCUCAUUUAUGAGCCGUGAAUUCCCUUGCAAGAGAACUGGGGAACUAGGGUACGAACCAGUCUUAUCUACUGACGAAUGUAACUGGAGCAGAUUGAGCAUCAUGAGAUUUUUGUACCUUCCAGGACUCCGUAUCCCUGCUGAUUAUCACGAUGAUACAAUUAUUUGGAAUGCUCGGGAAAUUGCCGAGGAGCCCACCUUCAUCGGUGUGGAAAAUCGCUCGAUCUUUGUUACUAGUAAUACAGGGAUUUAUCUUGUGGAAGUUCACGUUGAUGGCGAAGCGCGUGCACAAUUGGAAUUUCAACCAAAGCGCAGCAAUAAUGGUCCUGGUCCACAAAAAGAGUUGAAGCUCAGUUACAGUGAUUUACAAAACAAUUUGGACCCAGAGUACCAAGGUAAACCAAUGAAAUUGGUGAUUCUUUCCCUUGGAUUGAAGCAGCUUGUCGUGGAGAGUGAUAUCUGGGAGUACCUUGAGCCUGUCCACCAUGAUUUCGGUUUGGGUGGAGGUAUGCUUGAAGGUGUCUCCACCGAAUGCCAUGGCGUACCACGCGCGGAUGAGACUGGGAUCAUUCCAAUUUAUGGACCUGGAGAGUUAUCCUGUAUUAGAGUAUAUCAUGGUGACGCUCUUGAUGGUAUCGAAUUUAUUCAUCGGAAAGGGAAAUCCCAUCACCACAAAUUUCAUUCAUCAAAAAGCUCGACACUUUUCGGAAACCGUACGCAAGAUUACUCUGAUGUUCCUAUCUAUGAUGGUGAAUCAUUCGUGGGUUUCAAAAUUAGAUGUGGUGCGUGGGUUGAUGCGGUCCAGGUAGUAACUAACAAGAAAGUUACCCCCUGGUAUGGUUUUGCUGACGGAGGCCAUGGUGCAGUCAUUGAAGCUCCAACCGGCUACCAACUUGUGGCUCUUAGAGGUACCGUAGGCCCUUGGGUGAAUAGUAUCCAAGGUAUUUACAUUAGGAGAUAG